GCCUUGCACCAGGCUCGGUCGGCACAUACCACCCCUCAACAGAUACUCUAGAAGGCCACAUGAUGUCCCGCUGGGCCAGCGAAGUCUGCCUGGAGAACCUUGUUGAUCGCGCGGACGGAUGAUGGCCUAUCACGAUCCACCGCCCUUCCAUGGUGGUGAGCGAUCAAGCGCCCAAGUCGGACGCACUUAAUGCCAUCCUGUGCUUCUCCGUGUCCAUGCGCUGCGUGCCCAGGCUGGAUCGUGUGACAGGAUACAUGGAUCUACUCCUUUUGGAGAAGGUCGUAUCGGAGCUGUCUAGGUCGGUCAUCGCCUUGGCCGGUGUGGGAUCGGGUGGUGCGUGCUUCCAGCACCAUAGCGGCGAGACCAAGUUUCCCGCACAGGAGUUGAGGAGCCACUUGGAGGAUCUUUAUGACUUUGCCUUUAACGAGAUGGAUCUCAGGGCUUGGCUGGAGCGUGCGAGUGAAGACGGUAUGGGCCCCUUCGACCUCGAUCACUGCCUACAUGGAGGGCAUACUCGAGAGUGAUGCGCCAGUGGUGUUUCCUUACAUGGCAGAAUCGUGAAUUCUCCUUUCCGUUCCAGGUUCGGGGUUUUCCUCGUGAUUGUUUGUCUGUGGUUAUAUAUGGUUAGGUG